ACUGCAGUAGUGCGCUUCUCGAGCUGUCUCCGGUAAUGUUCCAUAGGAUACACACGCCCCUCUCCGCCCCUGCCGCGAGACAGGUGGUUGGACUGUACGCCGUCAUCCUCGAGCGCUCCCUCUUAGAAUAAGGAGGAGAUAAAUAUAUGUAAAAAAAAUUAUACAUAUAUAUAUAUAUAUCUGGCGGCGGCGGCAGCAAGGGGAAGGGUCGGUUGGCGCGAGCGCGUCCCCGAUGGACUUCCAGCGUGUGACCUCCGCGAUCACCGGGCGGACAGCGGGAGAGAAGAGGAGAGGGGGGGCAACAACCGGAACGCACGAGGAGAGCCCCGCCGAUCUAACUAGUACCAAAUGUUUUCCAGCGAAUCGCUCGAGCUGCUGUUCACGGGAGGGGGUGUACCGAGACAGGAAUGAGAUGCACGAGUGAAAAAAAAGUUGACACGAUUCUGGUGGGAUUUUUCAUCCGAGAGGCGGCGGGGAUCAUUUCUGACUAUCCUCCGCUCUGGGAAGUUCCCCUGAGGGAGGAGGUAUAGAGAGGAGGUGGUGGUGGUGGGGAGAGUGGUGGUGUUUCAUUAUGGCUUCAGGCGCCGGUAAGGCUGCACAGCCCCCCGGGCCGGGCUCCGCCGUUAACGGGACUGCGGCAGAGUUCCCGAACAUCGAGCAGGAGCUGUACGACUACCAGAUGCACAGCAAGAUGUGCAAGAAGAUCGCUCAGCUCACCAAGGUGAUUUAUUCCCUGAACAUGAAGAACGAGGAGCAGGAGGCGGCGUUGCAGGCCUUGAGCCAAGCCCACCACGAGGAGCUGCACCGCAUCCUGAUGGAGACGUGUCAUGAAGGGGAGGGGUCGGCGCUGAGGACACGCCUUCUCGAGCUGCAGGAGUCUCUGGACGAGCAGCAGAGGGUUGGAGCGCAGGUGCAGGCAGACUUUGAGUGCUUCCGCAUCCAGGCGGAGGAGAGGGAGCGUGAAACCGAGGUGGAGCUGAGAAAACAUUUUGAGGAGAGGCUCCAGGCUGCAGAGGAAGAGCUCCAGGAGGCCAAGGCCCAGAUCAGCGUCACCCAGGAGGAGAGCCUGAGGCUGAGCAAAGAACUGGAGAGGGCCGGGGAGCAGAUCCAGGAGCUGGACACCAAGUGCGAGGAGCUGCGGAAAGCUGCCGAGGAGGAGAAGGAGAGGGAAAGGGAGAACGAGGAGAAAAAGAGAGAGGAGGAAGACAGACAGAUAGAGGAGCGAGAGGACUCGGAGAGAGUGAAAGCCCUCUUGGAGGAGGUGAAGGCGCUGAAGGAGGAGAGGGGCCAGGCGGAGGAGGAGAGGAGGCGGGUGGUGAAAGAGGAACGGGAGCGAUGGGAGCAGAAGAUGAACGACCUGAACGAGGAGAAAGAGGACAUGAGGAAGAAGAUGGAGGCCGAGUGGAGGGAGGAGCGGCGGAGGUGGGAGGAGAGGGAGGAGGAGGAGAAGAAAGGAAUGCACAGCGCUUUGAGAGAGAGGGUGAAGAGGGCUGAGGCGGAGGUGGAGAGUCACCUGGAGAGGCUGGCGGAGAGCAAGAGGAACACGGUGAAACUGCAAGAGCGAAUCCAGGACCUGGAGGAGGAGCUGGAGCUGGAUCGGAGGCGCGUGUCCGAGGCCGAGGGCGUGGCCAAACGGGCGGAGGAGGAGCUGGCGGUCGCCAAGGAGAGGCUGCUGCUGCAGGAGGACGAGCUGCAGAGCCGAGCAGAAGAGCUGCUGAACCGCGGAGGCUGCGAGGUGUGUGUGUGCACCGAGGUGGAGGAGCUGAGGAGCCAGGUGAGCCGUCUGCAGAGCAGGAACAGAGAGCUGGAGCUACAGAGCAGUGGCAGGAACAGUGACCAUGCCCGGCAGAUACGCCAGCAUGCUGAGGCCCUGUCCAGUUUACGUUCAGAGAUGGUGAGAGCCCAGACAGAAGAGCUGCGUCGCAUCCAAAAGCACGCAGAUGACGAGAGGGACAAACUGCAGAAGGAGAUAGACAAAGAAAGAGAAACGCUACAGAGGGAGAGGGAGCAAGAGAAGGAUCAGCUGGAGAAGGAGAGGAACAGACUGCGCAGGGAGAGAGAGGAGGAGAAGGAAGGGCUGCAGAAAGAAGUGGAGGAGGUCAAAGAGCGCCUGCGCAGAGAGAAGGAGGAAGAGGUGGACCGGCUGCGCAAAGAACUGGAGGUGGAGAGGGUCCGGCUUCGCUCGCAGCUGGACAAAAACAUCGAGCAGGUCGAGGCAGAGAGGGUCAACGUGCAGCAGAAGCUGGAGGAGGAGAAGAGGAGGUUGGUGGAGAAGGCCGAGGAGGACAGGAAGCGGCUCAAGGAGCAGGUGAGGAAGGCGAUAGAGGAGGUGAUGAGGAGGCAUGCAGCCGAACUGCACAGCGUCCAGGAAGCUCUGAGCUCGGAAAAGAAGACCAACCAAGAGGUGUGUGCUCGUUUGGAAGAGGAGAGGAGGUUCGGUGAGGACCGUCGCAGUGGGCUGGAGAAGGAAAGAGAGGAGCUGAGCACAAAACUGGCAGAUGCUACCAAUGAGAUCUGUCGGCUGGAGUCAGUGAUCCAACAGCAAGAGAGGAAAGAAAAGGUGGUGCCUGAAGCCGCCCCGUCUUGUGGACCGCACUGCUCUCGUCUGGAGGAAGAGCUCCAUCAGACUCGGGGCCGACUGGCUCGGACUCAGGAGGAGGCAGAGAGGCAGCGGGACAGACAGCAGAGAGAGAUAGCGUCGCUGAGAGCUGACAAACAUCGGCUGGAGGAAAAAGUCCUGGAACAGAGCCGACUGAACACAGAGAGGAGCCUUCUUGAGCAGAGCCAGCGGCACACCGAGGACCGGAUCAGGGCAGAGUGUGAGGAUCGUCUCAGAGCAGAGUUCAGGAUAGAGAUGAACGCCGCCGUCGCUGAGAGCGAACAGAGAUGGCAGAACCGAGAGCAGGAGCUGCAAACCCAGAUAUCUGAGCUGCAGGGUCAACUGACCGAGGUGGAGAAAAAGAAGGCGGGCCAAGGAGACGAUUGCCACGGCAACCCCGAAAUUGACAGGCUGAGGAAGGAGGUCCAAGACACCAAGGAGAUCAACAAAAAGCUGAGGGAGCUGCUGCAGGAGCCCCAAACCCAGUCGUCAGCCGAGGAGAAGCACAGUCACGCCAUGGCUCUGCAGGCGUUAGAGAGACAGGCAAAGGAAGAUCUGCUGUCUGAGAGGAACAGACUACAGACGAUGCACCACCUGGAGCUAGAUAAGCAGCGUGCAGAGUUGACCCAGCAGCACACAGAGUGGAGCAGACAGAUGACCCAGAGACACAUGCAGCAGAUAGAGGACCUACAGGCUCAGCUACAGGCACACACACAGAUGAUGGCUCUGCAACAGGAUUUGAAGCAGCAGAACCAGUACCAGGUGUUUGAGCGACAGCUGGACGAGAGUCGUUGUGCCAUGCUGGAGCUGCAGAGAGAGAACGCAGCUCUCAAGAAGCAAUUAAAAGAAAAAUCAAUACAGAAAAAUCCUGGAACUGAAGAGAAAGAGGAGGAAAGCGUGGAACUGAGGAAGAAGAGGGACGCCCAGCUGGAAGAAGAAGCACAACGUCUGAAGGAGGAGGUGGAGAAACUGCGAGUGGAGAUGGAGAAACUGGAGGAGUCGCAGAAACACUGGGAGGAGAGGAAAGAGGAGGACGUGAAAGAGGAGGAGGUGGACGAGGAGAAGAAGAAGGAGCGGGAGGAGGAGAAGAGGAGGGAGGAGGUGGAGGAGAUCAAGAGGGAGCACAAGAGGGAGAUGCAAAGUUUGGUGUCGGAGUACAGCAGCGCCCAGACGCACCUGCAGGCUCGCAUCGUGGCCUUGGAGAACGAGCUGCGCGAGCGGGAGGAGCGGUGUCGGAGGAGGGAGCCUCGAUGUGAUGACCUGCAGCUGGGGCGACUCCAGGAGAGGCUGUCCGAGAGAGACCAGCUCAUUAAACGAUUAGUGGAAGAGAGGCAUCAGCUGCAGCUCCACCCUCCCGUCGCCGGGGACAGCAGCACCCUCAGGCUCCGUGACAGCAAGUCCCGCCCCGGGAGCGUCACGCCAACCAUGAGGAGGAAGCGUGUGGAGUCUCCUCCUCGUGUCACCAGCAACCCCGGCGCCGGGACUUACGACAGGAGCAUCUUCCUCCCCCACUCCUCCUCCUCGUCUUCCUCCUCCUCCUCCGUCCAUCAGCACUCCUCCUCGACCCUUCCCCACCAGUCCACCUCCCACCCCCAGACCUCCCCUCACUACUCCACCUCCUCUCUCCCACACAAGCACUCCUCCCUCUCCCUCAGCCAACAUUCCUCCCCCUCCCUCCCUCGCUCCACCCGAUCCCGGACCUCUUGCAUCCCCCCGACCCCAGCGCCCACCGCCCCGCUGCCCGUCUGCCCGUCACCGCAGACCGGUAUCCGAUAUGUGUCCCCUUCCUGCCAGGAGCCCCAUGCACACCUGCAGGCCCAAUCAAUAAGGGGCCCGUAUCUGGAGCCAAGGGGCACCGAGGGGCUGAAGCAGGAGUGGUUCACCAAAUACUUCUCCUUCUGAGCACAAAUACACACAUUAACACACACAUACACACACACAGCAGCUGCAAUUACAUCUCCUCAUAUACAGUUCAUUGCUUCUUAUACACAUCCGUUUGCUUCCCACACACACACACACACACACAACCUUUAAACACAGACACACACACACAUACACAAACAGACAUAACGACAUUAACAAACAUAUGGGCUCAUCACCAGCAAGGCCAUCUCAAACAUUGCCUCAAAGCUCAACCAAAAAGUGCUUCUUGAACACAUGCCUGACCUCUUUUCAGAACAUAGGCCUGCCGGAUCUUGUUUGUAUAGUUUGGAAUGUCUCCAUAUGUUUUGUUUUAUUUUUAAAGCAGUCUUCCUUUUUUUAAUGCAACUUUUGCUCUAAUCUCAUCACAUGGUUAAUCCAGGCAAGUGUACAUUUCUUUAAAAAAAAAAAAGAAAAAAAAUCUACAACCAAGUGUCUCUUUGAGUAUGGAAGCAUUCGACAUAUUCAAUCAAGAUCCUCGUCGAAAAAACGGACACACACGACUCACCAUACCAAAAUGAAGCUUGUUUCAAUGCAAAAAUGUACAAUAAUCUUAAAUGAAGGAAAUUGAAUAAAAUAUUUUGUUUUUGUAA